UGGUAUAGUCCCUCAAUUUUUUACCAAUUAUUGAACAUUCUUUAAUUUGGUGAUCCAAUAUGACCUUUACCUUGUCAACUUCCUCUCAUUAGCCUCUGAGUAUUCUGCUGCAUCACCAUUUAGAUGCUGACUACAUAAUAUGUACUUUCUUUUUCUCUUUUAAAAUUGUUUGUGUCCUCGUGCUGGUUCUUUACUUGGUUUAAAACCUUCCAUUUUCCUCUUCUUAAUUCUCGUUCAAUCACGGCGGAAAAGCAAAUUAAAAAGAAAAACUGUCACUGGGUAGGUUUAAGGAUAAUCUGGCUUGAACUGAUGACUUCUGCCACGUCAAGGUGAAACUACUGCUGAGUUACAUUCCUUGUCAAGGUGAAACUACUGCUGAGUUAUAUUCCUUGUCAAGGUAAAAUAAGGGUCUUACAUCCGACGAUUACUGGCUGGCAAAACCACGCUUAACUUCAAUCUGUGGGCACUCUAAUGCUUAUUCCCCGGAUAUUGUCAUUGCUUCUUCUCAGGUAAAAGUUCACUGACCCGUGGGCCUUCUACCUCCACAUGGCUGUCAGGUUUAUGUCCAUCGCAGACGUAUGUAUUGAAUUCUGGAUUCUCUUCAUCGAAUCUAGGAACUUUUGUUUGCAUUGUAUCAUUUCGUCUACGUGCUGGAACCAAUAACAUUCGAGAUUAUGCAGGAUUAAAUACGAAAGAUCCUUUUUCGCUCUAUCUUUAGCCCCGUGUCUCUUAUCCUUGGGAGGUUUUUCUCCCCUGGUAGGUUUUCUUCAUAAAACUCUAUUUAUUCUGGCCUUGAUGGCAGGCUGGCCCUAUCUGCUUGCUUUCCUGCAUGGUAAUUCUGCCUUCAUUUCCCUUUUCUAUAGCAUUGCCCUUCGUAGCUGCACUAGGAAUUAGUGCCUUCUCAUGAUAGCUAUGAUUAUGAGAGCAAUGACAACUACUGUGAUAGAGCAAUGAUAGCUAUCAUGGUAGCACUUCGUGUGAUUCUUCUACUAAUAUUAUUCACAUAAAUGCGCGGAAUAUAAAUGAUUUUAGAAGGGAAAUAAAAAAAUAUAAUUCGGACCAUGUUCAAGAAGUCUUGUUGGCCCAUCCAGUCUUACCAUAUUCCAGCCUGCCCCCGGGCCAGAGUCCCACUCGUGUCCAUGUCGGGCCUAUUUCCGGAUCACACCAUUCUUCCCAUCUUCUUCGGAUGUUAUACUUUCCGAUGAAAAGAACAACAGGUGUUUUUAUUAAAAAAAUUUGAUGAUAUAUGAUAUAACAUUAAUAUAUAAGUACUCGAAUUUUCAGGAAAGGUACGAUCCUAAAAGACAGUUUAGAAAUUUUAAAAAUUUAGAUGGUCGUGAUACCGUGAUAUGAUAUUAAUAAAGGUUUUGUAGUUGUUACUCCCUCCAUUCUUCUCAAUUGUUUAUAUUGGGAAAUGGACGAUUGGCUCCGUUCUUCUCAAUUGUUUAUAUUGGGGAAUGGAUGAUUGGCUCCGUUCUUCUCAAGUGUUUAUAUUAGAGAACGGACGAUUGACACGCAUUUCAAGAUUCUCAUAAGACAUAAUUUAAUAAAUUAUUUUGAAUUUUUUUUUCUUUCAGAAUAAAAGCUUAAUGAUCAAAAUUUUAUACGGAAAAAAAAUUAAAAAUUUAUGACACUAUAUUUUAUAUAUGAACUCUUAGAAUGCAUGUCAGAACUUAGUGUCAACUUUGAGACACAAAAAUUAGAUGUAACAUUGAUUUGUCUCUUGUAAUAAUAGAUAUAAUGAAAAGUUAACAUGUAAUGAAUCUAUGAUAACAAGCCGUUAACAAUGGGGUACUAAUCAUUUUUCCUUGACUUUUUCUUUCUUCAUAAUUUUCCAGAUUCAAUCUUUUCUUCCUCAGAAAAGCCACUCAAACCCUAAUCCAUUCCAUCCUGCUGUUGUUUCCAUUUGAUCUUAAACACAAUAGAAUCCUCAUUGCUAUUUUCAAAGUUACCUAGAUCAUAACAUCAACAUUUACCAUAAAUACAAAAUUUAUUAAGCGUUGCUCAGAUUUUUCAUCAAGUCUUGCAUUGCAUGGUUGAGCAAGAUUGGCCUGUGCUAUGCAUGUUACCUCAUGAAGAACAGAUUUCAUUUUUGAGGUUUGCAGGUUGAUUAAAAUACCCGACAUUGUGUGAAGGGUGAGAUGUCGAAUUCGUAUGGAGAUUUUAAUGCAAAGAUAGAUUAUGUUUUCAAGAUUGUACUAAUAGGGGACUCUGCAGUUGGAAAAUCACAGCUUUUGGCUAGGUUUGCUAGGAAUGAAUUUAGUGUAGAUUCAAAAGCUACGAUCGGGGUUGAAUUCCAGACCAAGACCCUGAUUCUUGAUCAUAAGACCGUCAAGGCGCAGAUUUGGGACACUGCAGGCCAAGAAAGGUAUAGAGCAGUAACAAGUGCAUAUUACCGUGGUGCAGUGGGGGCAAUGUUAGUAUAUGACAUGACAAAGCGACAGACAUUUGACCACAUUGCUGGUUGGCUUGAGGAACUAAGAGGGCAUGCUGACAAGAACAUUAUGAUUAUGCUCAUCGGCAACAAAUGUGACUUGGCAAGUCUCAGAGCAGUACCAACUGAAGAUGCCCAGGAGUUUGCAGAAAGAGAAAAUUUGUUCUUCAUGGAGACAUCAGCCCUCGAGGCAAUUAAUGUUGAGAGUGCAUUUCAGACGGUCCUAAAAGAAAUAUAUCGGAUCAUAAGUAAAAAAGCCCUCACUGCUAAUGAUAUAGACUAUAGGGCCAUGUCUCUCAAGGGUACUCAAAUAGUUAUUCCCGGCCAGGGGUCAGAUUCUAGUGGAAAUAGUGGUGGUGGUUGUUGCGUCUAGUAAUUUUCUCUCUACCUCGCGCCUCAUCUCUUCUUUCUGGGAACAUAUGUAUAUCGUAGCUUAGGAUAUUGCUGUCCAAACGGAAAGUUACUGUGUAUAGAUAAAGAGAAUGUUGUCAUUUUAGGAACAAUGUGUAUGAUACAUGUUGAAGUGAUUUCAAAUCAUACCUUCCCAUUUCAGCAAACUGCAGAUCAAUUAAA